AUGUCGACGGCGAGCACCGGCGGCGGGGACCCGGCGAGGCGGCGGCACGACGAUGGGGAGGAGGCGAGGCGGCAAGGACGGCGAGGCGCGGGCACGGCGCUCGGGGCGAUGGCGGCGGAUGGGAUGGCAGCGGAGGGCGCCGGCGGGGCAGGGGCUCCGGCGACCCUGGCGGCGGGGCGGAGGAGCGGGAAAGGCGCUGGGGGCGGCGGCGCGCGCGGCGGCGGUGGCGGAGGGCGCCGGCGAAGGAGGCGGAGGGCGCGGGUGGCGAGCGAGGCGAGCGGCCGGCUGCGGCCCGGGGCGGGCCUGCCUCGGGCCCCGGCGGGCCUGGCGGCGGGGCGCGGUGGCUGGCGGCGGAGGAGGCCACGUGGCGGGCGGCCACUGGUGACGCAGGAUGGGCCAUGGAACUUCAGAGGUCAUGCGGUCAUCAUCACCCCAUAUGAUGGAAUCACCAAGCCAACAGAGGUCCAGGGGCUGGUCGUGGUCGAGGACGCCGCGGCGGUCGCCGUGGUGGGCGUUCAUCUGGGGCGGGGAUCAGAUCAUGUCAACACGGGUGCUGCAGACCCCGAGCUGCCACGAGAAAGUGAUGCUGAUGCUGUCAUGUUCAGGCUGGAGUGGCGGAAUUGGAUUGUUUUGGAAUGA